AUGCUCGGAGGGAGCUCGGAGCGAGAUUCUUUACCAUCCAACUCCACCGCGGCCAGAGAACAAGCGUCCAUGUCUAUCGCAGCUGGUCACCCUGAGCCAAAUCCUGAGGCGGCGCCUCAGGAACAGUCCGCCAAUUCAAGUGCUUCAGCCCCGUCCACCGGCCCAGAAGCUAUCGACCCGGCUCAACCGUCGGUCGCGACUCCAGGCGUUGCUGCGGCUACCUCCGCUGAUCCUCCGAAAAAGCAUCAUUUACUACUCCCGAUCUCGUCGCGUGCAUCCCUGAAGGCCGACCGGCAGUCGACUUUGGACAAGAGUCAGGAUACUGUUAACGAUGACUCCGAGAACACUCUCCGCGGAUCGAAAAGAAGCAUUCUGAAAGGGCGACGCGACCGGAGCAGAGGCAGCAGUAUGCGAUCACGUCGGCAAAAUCAGGAAGGGGGAAGUAUUGAGGAGGACAAAACAGCGACCGGCGAUCUGCGUGACACCCCUAAACCGGAAAGGAAAAGCAAGGUCACCUACAGGCUAUUCGCAUUUCUCAGUUGCUGUUCUUCAUCCAACGACGACCCGGAGGACACAGCUAUUCCCGCAAAGAGAACAUCCCGACGGCUAUCAGUUCCCAACACGCAGCCAACUCCUGAGAAGACAGAGGCUACUGCUGGAGACUCGAGCACGGCAGAUUCUAAGGAACCAUGCUACUAUCGCGACGAGAAAUCCAACAUGACUGUCACGGCGGAUCAGUCAGCAUCGCAGAAAGAUGAGGAACGCACUGGUAAACCUUUAGAUCAGGGCUUGAAGCUUGAUAGCUUGGCGGCGCCGUCCGGUCAAGCUGCAGAGGAUCAGGCGCACACUCCGACCAAGGACGAUUCCGAAACUCAGGGUCCGAACAUCGUCGUCGCGACCGUUGAAGGGGGCGCUGUAUUCCCGAAUGGGGUCGAAAAGACCGAGGACGAUGCCGCGCCACAGGACAAGGAGAAGUCACGAUUGCAGACGGAGCAGGCCCAGACUCAGGAACUUCCUCCGGCGGACGAUGAGCUACACCAGUUCCCUGCCGAGAACGACACAACGAACGACCUUAAGUACGCUUCCCACGAUGAAGAGGCGUCAGCGCUCGCCCCCGAGUUACCGCCCCCGCCGAUGCCUUCGAGCGAGAAACACAUUGAGACGGUGGACCCUGAUGAGCAUGGCCAAUUCCUUUUGCCUCCGCCUUUACCUCACCUGCGUGACAGAAAGUGUUUGGUUCUAGAUCUGGAUGAAACGCUAGUUCACAGUAGCUUCAAGGUUCUCGAACGGGCAGACUUCACCAUACCUGUUGAAAUUGAGGGCCAGUACCACAACAUUUACGUCAUCAAACGACCUGGCGUCGACCAAUUCAUGAAAAGGGUCGGGGAGUUGUAUGAGGUCGUUGUUUUUACCGCCUCCGUCUCCAAAUAUGGCGAUCCCCUGCUGGAUCAGUUGGACAUCCACAAUGUUGUGCACCACCGCUUGUUCAGGGACAGCUGCUACAACCAUCAAGGCAACUAUGUGAAGGUUGUCGGUCGCGACCUACGAGACACCAUCAUUAUCGAUAACUCCCCGACAUCCUAUAUAUUCCACCCUCAACAUGCGAUACCCAUCAGCAGCUGGUUCUCUGACGCCCACGAUAACGAGCUCCUAGACCUAAUUCCCGUCCUCGAAGACCUCGCCGGGGCACAAGUGAAAGACACUUCCUCCAAUCCAAACCCAAACAACAAAAUGAAAGACCGCCACGGCUGGGACGGGAAACUCCGCGUCGGCGGCGGCGCUGGCGGCGACGAGCAGCAGCCCGCCAAAGAAGCCAUCAUCACCAACCCCGAAGCUCUCGAAGAUCCCGAUUAUUCCGACUCGGAUGCGCCGCCCGUGGAGGAGAUCCAGGCUGAUGAAGAUUUAUUGGAAGAUGAGGACGUGGAUACUGAGAGAAUAUGCCUCCGGCAGAACCAGAUCUCGCGCAUCGACUUCCCGACCCCCGUCGCCAAGUCGCUGACCGAGCUCGACCUCUACGAUAACCUGAUCUCCCACAUCAAGGGGCUGGAUGAGUUCGAGAACCUGACGAGUCUGGACCUGAGCUUCAACAAGAUCAAGCACAUCAAGAACAUCGCGCACCUGGUCAAGCUGACGGAUCUGUACUUCGUGCAGAACAAGAUCUCCAAGAUCGAGGCGCUGGAGGGGUUGACAGUGCUGCGGAAUUUGGAGCUGGGGGCGAAUCGGAUUCGGGAGAUUGAGAAUCUGGAGACGCUACAAGCAUUGGAGGAACUGUGGUUGGGAAAGAAUAAAAUUACCGAGUUGAAGAACCUCGACGCCCUCCAAAACCUCCGGAUCCUCUCCAUCCAGUCGAACCGCCUCACCAGCAUCAGCGGCCUGUCGGCGCUGCAGAACCUCGAGGAGCUCUACCUCUCGCACAACGCGAUCACGGAGCUCGGCGGCCUCGAGGACAACCUGGCGCUGCGGGUGCUGGACUUCUCCAACAACCAGGUUUCCAAGCUGGAGCGCCUGGCGCACCUGACGAACCUGGAGGAGCUGUGGGCGUCGAACAACCAUCUGGCCAGCUUCGACGAGGUGGAGCGCGAGCUGCGCGACAAGGAGCACCUGAAGACGGUGUACUUCGAGGGGAACCCGCUGCAGAUGCGGGCGCCGGCCCUGUACCGCAACAAGGUGCGGUUGGCGAUCCCGCACAUCAUGCAGGUGGACGCAAGUAAUCAGUCGGUGCUAACCCAUGUAGCGUAUAUGCGUGUUGCAUGA